GCCCGCCACGGUGGGGGCCGAGCCGCGGGCGCCCAAUCAGCGCGGCGCGGGGGCUCGGGCACUUUAAGCGCGGCAGCGGCGGAGCGGGGACAAAGUCCCCCCGGCGCCGCGACCAGCAUCCCCGCUCGACCGCCCCCGGCUGCCACCGCGCCUCCCCGCUCUGGGGCCGCGACCGGGACCAGGACCGGGACUGGACCUGGCGGGCGGCUCUCCCCCGCCCCUCCUCCGCCGCGCUCCCGCGGGGUACCCACCGCCUUCUCCUCCUCCUUCUGCCGCCUCCGCGCCCGGCCAUGUCGAUGCUGCCGUCGUUUGGCUUCACGCAGGAGCAGGUCGCCUGCGUCUGCGAGGUGCUUCAACAAGGGGGGAACCUGGAGAGGUUGGGCCGCUUCCUCUGGUCGCUGCCGGCCUGCGACCACCUGCACAAGAACGAGAGCGUCCUGAAGGCCAAGGCGGUGGUGGCCUUCCACCGCGGGAACUUCCGCGAGCUCUACAAGAUCCUGGAGAGCCACCAGUUCUCCCCCCACAACCAUCCCAAGCUGCAGCAGCUCUGGCUGAAGGCUCACUACGUGGAAGCCGAAAAACUGCGGGGCAGACCAUUGGGCGCCGUCGGCAAAUACCGCGUCCGCCGAAAAUUCCCUUUGCCCCGAACCAUCUGGGACGGCGAGGAAACCAGUUAUUGCUUCAAGGAGAAAUCGCGGGGCGUGCUACGGGAAUGGUACGCACACAACCCCUACCCGUCCCCCCGGGAGAAGCGGGAACUGGCCGAAGCCACUGGUCUCACCACCACCCAGGUCAGCAACUGGUUCAAGAACCGGAGGCAGCGGGACCGAGCGGCAGAGGCGAAGGAAAGGGAGAACACAGAAAACAACAACGCGGCCAACAACAAACCGAACCAACUCUCGCCUCUGGAUGGGAGCAAACCCCUCAUGUCCAGCUCCGAGGAAGAAUUUUCUCCUCCCCAAAGCCCGGAUCAGAACUCGGUACUGCUCUUGCAGGGAAACCUCAACCACACCAGGAGCUCCGGCUACUCCCUGAGUGGCUUAGCCGCAUCCCAAACCCCUCACAGCCUCCAAGGCCACCAGCUCCAGGACUCGCUGCUGGGACCCCUCACGUCCAGCCUGGUGGAUCUGGGAUCCUAAAGGCCUGCGGCGGGCAGCUAGAGGAACGGGAGAGGAGGUUUCGCUCGGGGACAGAGGCUCUGGGUUGUACAUAGAGGACAGCACCCGUUUUUACAGCUCACCCGCUGAUUCUUGACGGGACUCUCGGCUUUUUUCACACAACCCCACAUCGGCUCCUGGUCCAGUUCCCCUAUGCGUCUCCCACUAUCAUCUUUUUGUUUUGUUUUUGUUUUUGUUUUUGUUUUCUUUCAAGUAGCCAAACGCAGCGAGGGGCAGAAACCCUCAGCCCUUCGAGUUCAAACCAUCUGGUCCCAGCGGGAAUUACAAAAAAAAUCCCCAAACCUAGAUGGAUCCGAUUCCACCCAAAUAAAUCCCAGCCCCGCAGGAGCGGUGGGGCAGGGGUGGCCGGGCAAAUCGCGGCUCCUGCAGCCAUGGUCCCCGCAGGGCCGGCGAGGAGCUGGGACGGAGGCAAAGGGAGCAAACGUCUGUACCGAGCCCUGUGGCGGAGCGGGGGGAGGGAGGGGAAGUUACGUUUACAUUUUUCAUAUUUAGCCUUACCAGAAAGUUUUCAAUGUAGUUUAAAUUAAAAAAAAAAAAAAAAGGAGGAAAAAAAAAAGGCAAAAGCUGCAGUGUUAGAGUUUUAACAAGUGCCUGUGUCUUAGCGCGGCUGGGCGAGGCGGGCAGCGAGCGAGCUCCUGUGGGCCCGCAACCCCCCCGCUUCCUUCUCCUCGGUGGUGAAAUGCAUCGAUGUGGCUAAAAAUUAGAAUAAGAAUGAUAUUAAUAAAAGUCUCCUGUUUUCUCCCGAACGAGUAUUCCUCAGGCUGCCCCGCCGGCUCCGCAUUGCCUUCUCCCGUCUGUCCCCGCUCGCCGCCUUCCUCCUUCGGCUUGCAGAGAGCCCGCGGACGACGCUGUCUGUCUCGAGUAUUUGUUACCAAAAAUCGCAUGUGCUUUCAGGUUUAUUUUCUAUUGUACCUAACCAGUCUAAAUUAAAACAACGCUGAUGAUGGAA